ACACACACACACACACACACACAAUGCCUCUUGCAGAUUCACACUGUAGCUUUUAUAAUUACGCCCGAACAAAGGAGAUGUCCGCCUGACACUUGCCGACAAGAUUAUCCAGGGACAAGUAUAAUAUAAGCCAAUGCCUCCAUCGUCACAAGAUAACCGACAAAAAUCUUCACCUUCAAAUGUCAUCACAUGAGGUAUAUGCCAGUCCCUUGCCAAAAGAUCAAGGAUAGACAGAAGCAGUUUCUUCGACUCAUUCUAGACUGGCUGUGCCCGGUCAGGCCUUGCAAACGUAAGAUAGAAGGCCAACAACGUCCAGACCACCCUUGUGAUACUUGCUUGGCCUGGUGAUUCACAGCAAGAGAACGGUCUGAGCCUAAACCCCUGGAAAUCAUCAACAGAUCCGAGAGAACAUCUUGAACGAGCAUUCAAGAUGGAUCAUUCAGGCAACUCCAGGUUAGAGACCGACCGGGCACGUCCAAAUCAACGACGCCCGUGCCCACAAAAGCACCGUGAAGCUCACGGUGGACCAACCCUGCAGCAUAGUCGCGCGACUAAUUGCCUGCGCAGGGCUGGCCUCGGCCUAGAAUCCCAGGGGCUAAGCGAGGCUGGUGUCCCUCGAAAGCUUCGACGUGCGGCUCCUCUCUCCUCGGAGCCUCCACAAGGCCAAGAUGUUGAUCGAGGUGGUGACGCUAUUACGACUCUUAUCCAACGGGAGGAAGAACAUACCCGCAUACGUCUAGGCCAUGUGCGAGAAUACCAGGUCCAUGUUCACCAUCCUGUCGAACGACUCAAGUCGAUAGAGAUACAGUUUUGUCAUGUUGAUGACGAAUAUGAGCUCUAAAUCCGGCAUAGAGCAAACCUGCCUUCAUCAGCAGACCAGUACACACUGCAUUGGCCUCGAGGAUGACAUCGUGGAAAGGAUCAGAUAGCAAUAUAACAUUUCUCCCCGGAUGAAUAUACUAUCAAUAACACCUA